UCAAAGAUGGCGGACGUACCUCAGUUAGUGAAGGACGCACUUCUCGCAUCCAGUGAACCUAUGCCGCCAGGCUCGGAAGAAGUGAGAGGUUAUGACUUCAGUAAUGGGGUGGAUUAUCACGCUUUACUCGAGUCGUACAGAACUACCGGAUUUCAGGCCAGCAACUUCGGAAAAGCAGUGGUAGAAAUUAACAACAUGAUAAAAAGGAAGUUGGAACCUCUUCCAGCACCUGAAGAUGGCACAUCAAACUGCGAUUAUCUUGAUCCUGGUCAGCGUCCAAUUGAUAAUUGCACAAUCUUCCUUGGAUUUACAUCUAACAUGAUUUCAAGUGGUGUACGGGAAACAAUUAAAUACUUAGUCAAAAACAAUAUGGUUGACUGUAUAGCUACAACAGCUGGUGGUAUAGAAGAAGAUCUUAUAAAAUGUAUGGCUCCAUCAUACCUUGGUGACUUCUCACUGCGAGGUGUUGAGCUGAGGAAAAAAGGCAUAAACAGAAUUGGGAAUUUGCUUGUACCAAACAAUAAUUACUGUAGAUUAGAGGAGUGGAUUUUACCACUGUGGGAUAAGAUGCUUGAAGAACAAAAAACACAGGGUGUAAAAUGGACUCCAUCAAAGGUUAUUUCAAGAUUAGGUAAAGAAAUAAAUCACCCAGAUUCAGUCUGUUAUUGGGCUUACAAGAAUAAUAUUCCAAUUUUCAACCCAGCACUGACAGAUGGAGCACUUGGAGAUACACUGUAUUUUCACUCUUACAAGAAUCCUGGUUUAGUUAUUGAUAUUGUAGAAGAUAUUAGGAAAAUGAACAAUAUAUCAGUAUAUGCCAAAAAUACAGGAAUGAUAAUUUUAGGAGGCGGUCUAAUGAAGCAUCACAUAUGCAACGCAAAUCUAAUGCGUAAUGGCGCCGACUUCUCUGUGUUCGUCAACACAGGCCAGGAGUUUGACGGAAGUGACUCAGGUGCCAGGCCUGAUGAAGCUGUGUCCUGGGGAAAAAUUAAGAUGACAGCUUCGCCUGUAAAGGUUUAUGCAGACGCUUCCUUGGUUUUUCCGCUCUUAGUGGCGGAGACCUUUGCCCGGAAUUUUAAAAUGGACAAUUAGGAUUGAAAGGGGGUAAGCGAUAAGGUGAAGGAAAAAACUUCGCCAAUGGAGACAAAUUUUGAAGCUUCCAGGAUGCUUUGAGUGAGAUUAAAAGACGGCGGACGUGGUCCAAAUACAGAAGAUUCUCGACAUUUUGUCACCGCAGUAAUUGAAUUUAUUCAAUGGAAAGUUCUGGCCUUUAAUUGUAGUUUGCAUAAACAAUGGUUCAAAUAUUCGUAGGUCGUGGGAAGUAAAUAUAAUGCCAUGUCGUGAAGAUUGCUUGGACUUUAAUUCUUGCACACUUCGAAACUAUUGGCGCAAUUAACGAU